AAACGUGAGAACUUGCUUUGCCCUCUUUAGAUUUCACAUUCAACACGUUUAUGGUCAGGGAAUGAUUGAAGUACUGAUUGGAGACUGUCUCAACCAAAUACAGCCAAACAAUCAGUCACAAUGAUUUAUAGAUGUCGCUUCAUGACGUCAUUAGAGAUUUCCUUCCAAGAUGGCUGACAACACAUUAUACGAAAUUCUCGGAGUGACAAGAGGAGCUUCUGAUAGCGAAAUUAAAAAGUCAUACCACAAGUUAGCCAAGGAGUACCACCCAGACAAAAAUGCAGAUCAUGGAGAUAAGUUCAAAGAGAUCAGUUUUGCUUAUGAAGUGCUCUCAACUCCAGAGAAGAGAGAAACAUAUGACAGAUAUGGUCUCCAAGGGUUGAAAGAGGGAGGUGGGGGAGGCGGAGGUUUCCCUGGUGAUAUGUUUGGUGAUAUAUUUGGAGGCCUCUUCGGGGGCAUGGGUGGCGGUUUUGGUGGAAUGGGAGGCCCUUUUGGGGGCAUGGGAGGAAUGGGAGGACGAAGAAGAGGCCCAAGAAGAGGAGAAGACACUUUCCACCAAUUAAGAGUGACCUUGGAGGAUCUUUACAAUGGAAAAACUUCAAAGCUGCAGUUGAAAAAGACAGUUAUAUGUAAAAAGUGUCAUGGUCAAGGUGGUAAAGCUGGUGCCAUGCAGACCUGUCAAUCAUGCAGGGGUCGUGGGGUCAAGGUCACAAUGAGACAAAUAGGGCCUGGAAUGAUGCAACAAUUGCAGUCUGUCUGUCCAUCAUGUCAUGGUGAAGGAGAAACUAUCAAUGACAAAGACCGGUGUAAGGAAUGUAAAGGCAAGAAAGUGUCUGAUGAGACCAAGAUUCUUGAGGUUCAUGUAGAUAAGGGUAUGAAAGAUGGACAGAAAAUACCAUUCAGAGGAGAGGGGGAUCAAAUGCCCAAUGUUGAAGCAGGGGAUGUCAUCAUAGUGCUAGAAGCCAAAGAACAUGAUACAUUUGAGCGCAAAGGGAAUGACUUGACUUGUUCAUACACUAUAGGACUGACAGAGGCGCUAUGUGGAUUUAACUUUACAGUGAAACAAUUAGAUGGCAGAGAUUUAGUCAUUAAAAGUCCACCUGGAAAAGUUAUAAAACCUGGAGACGUAAAAGUUGUAUAUGGGGAAGGUAUGCCUAUGUAUAGGAAUCCAUAUGAAAAGGGAAACUUAUUUAUCAAGUUUGACGUGAAAUUCCCAGAAAACAGUUUUGCAGUGGAAGGCAACUUAAAGAAAUUAGAAAAAUUGCUGCCACCUAGGCCAAAAAUAGAGAUCCCAGUCGGUGAAGAUGUUGAAGAAGUGAACUUAACUGACAUUGACCCUACACGGGGUGGAGCAUCAAAUUCGAACGCUUAUGACGAGGACUCCGAUGACGAUAAUGAUGGUCAAGGACCACGUGUCCAAUGUGCUCACCAAUAAAUAAUUACCACCAACACCAAUAAGCUGCAUACUAAUGACAGUAAAAACUUGAACACACCAUUAACAGGAACUGUAUCAAAAGUAAUAUCAAACAGUUUGUACUGUGUAUGCAAUUUGUGCAUAUUCAGCUUACAUGAUGCUGUGCAUCAAAUUAUGCACAUUCUUGAACAGUGUGCUUAUUUAUUCGUACACAGAAAUAGUUUUCAGAGUAAAACAGACAGCAUUCACAAAAGACAAUGUGCAGUGUUAAGAAUUGUUGUAGAGAUAUGUUCGAUGAUAGCACAGAAGAACCCAAGUUAUAUGGGAGGAAUGUGAUUGUUGUUACAAGACUUAAUGACCACCAAAGAACACAAGAUGAGAAUCAGCAUAUUUUUGCUUUGAAAUAAAUAAGACUAAAUACACAGAAUUUAAAGGAUAUCAUACGUAUGGGAAUUAAAAUAUUGAUGUAGUUACCUUAAAAACUAAUGAUGCAACAAUCAACAUGAAAUGGUUAGGAAAAAUAAUACCAAUGAAAAAUAUGGAAACAAUGGAACAUUUACUAGCUGAUGGAGAAGGAGAUGUCACUAUACAUCGAAAUGAUGGCAUCAGAAAUAUUAUUUAUAGUUGUUAUGACACAUUUGAUAAUAUCUUGGUAGUGUAUGAAAAUAAUUUCACAAUCCAUUUUCACUGAAACUAAUACUGUUCUUUGAUAGAUGUUUUGUAUUUCAUGCCUUUAUACUUUCCUUGGUAUGAAUGAUGGAACUUAUUUAUUUAUGUUUAUUUAGGCUGAGUCUGAGUAAUAUUAUGUAUUCAAGAUAGCCUGUAGCUUUGGUUGCAGAUUCUAUGGCUUCAGUAAUCUCCCCAGCAUUAGAUCAAAUGAGUGCUGCACCCACUUGAGGUUUUGAAAUGGGUAUGCACCUUGUU